UUCGACCAAUGGGUCCUGGAGUUUUAUUUUGCAAACCUAGCCGGAAAAGGACUCUGCCAUUCGGAGCGGCGAGCUUGCCGACUGGCGGAGGAGGCGCUGAGGAAGAAGUGCGGGGGGGGCGCCCGCCCGCCCCCCCGCGACACGCUUUAAACCUUCUUUUCGUUCUUCCAACUGGACUUUUCUUCUCUGCGCCUUGGGGGAUAAUGGCUGCCCUUUCAGCCUGGUUCUGGAACGAGCGGUUCUGGCUGCCGCGCAACGUCACCUGGGCGGACCUCGCCGAGCGGGCUGCCGGGGUGGAGUAUCCCCAAGCCGGGCACUUGUUGGCCGCCUUCCCGCUGGCCGUGGGGAUGUUCGCCGUCAGGAUGCUCUUCGAGAGCAGAUUUGUCGCCAGUACGUGCGCGAGACGCCUCCACAUUCAUCCUGAUGUUGAACGAAAAGCUCAGCCCAAUGCAGUGCUGGAGAAAGUGUUUACAUCCAUUACAAAGGUCUCCCAUGAUCAUUUGUUUCGUCAUGCUUUUCAUCACACGACGUGCACUUCAUGUCUUUUCCGCCUUUCCCCCGGCAGAAUCCAGACUCGCGCCAUCUGGACGGGCUGUCCAAGCAGCUGGACUGGGAGGUGCGCAAGGUGCAGCGCUGGUUCCGACAGCGCAGGAACCAAGACAAACCCAGCACACAUGCGAAGUUCUGCGAGAGCAUACCUCCUGGAUGUGGGAUACGCGGCAUUGCUGGUAUGGUUACCCUUAUCAGGUGUUGACGCCUGCGCUUUACCGCUACUAUGUGACAGAGCUGGCCUUCUACUGGUCACUCUUGUUCUCCCAGUUCACUGACAUUAGAAGGAAGGACUUUCUGUCCAUGUUUGUUCAUCACCUGGCGACGGUUGGCCUGAUCAGCUUCUCCUACGCCAACAACAUGGUGCGGGUGGGCACCCUGGUGAUGUGCGUGCACGACGCCUCCGACUUUCUGCUCGAGGCAGCCAAACUGGCCAACUACGCUAAGUAUCAGCGCCUGUGUGACCUCCUCUUCAUCAUAUUUAGUUUGACCUUCUUCCUCACGCGGCUCGUCAUAUUUCCAAUAUGGGUCCUAAACUCCACCAUGUUUGAGAGCUGGCUGAUCGUGGGUCCGUUCCCGUCGUGGUGGCUCUUCAACGUGCUGCUGCUGGUGCUGCAGGUUCUGCACGUCAUCUGGUCUUACCUCAUCGCACGCAUCGCCAUCAAAGCCGUCCUGAGGGGCAAGAAGCUGUUGGGUUCUUCUCCCUGCGGACUGACAGACCCCAUCUUUCUUUCUGUUUGUGUGCUUUUCUUUGCUCCUUUGUGUCCUCUCUCCACACCUUUGACGACUUUACGCUUCUUUCUCGCUGUGUGCAACGACGUGCGCAGUGACGUGGAGAGCAGCUCCGAGGAUGAGUCGCCGGCGUCGCGCCGAACCAGGACGACGCACGCGCGGAAGGCCGAAAACGGCACCAACGGACACUACGCUGCCGCCAGAAGCAGACCUCACGCCACACCCACGUGACCUCCCGAGACUUGUUUUUGUGUUUUGGACGUUCUCCAUUUUGACGGUCAGAUGAACUUCCAUUUAUGGUUCACACUGGAUCACAUCCUGACGUGUUCAUUUUUGACCCGUUAAGUGAUGUCAAACGGGACAAACCGCCCCACUCCACUGUUUUUAAUGUACUACUGUGUGCUACUUUUUUACUGUUUUUUUUUUAAACUUCCUAUUAGAAUAUGAAUGAAUUUGUCACUGCCUAUAAAUGUUUUUCCCCAGGCUUUAUAGAGCCAAUGAGACAAAAAAUAUUUGUGAGAUGAUGUCAGGCUUUUCAGAACUCCCUGCCUCUACCUAUACGUGACCAUUUGCUGUCCAGCUAGCUCGUGGCCACAAAUUAAUGUAACGUGCGCAUAAAAUGCUAAUUCGUGGCCAAGGAUUCGAAUUUCGUGAGCAUGUUGCAUCUAUACAGUGAUCGCAAAUUCGUAUUAUAUAUAAUAUAUACGUUAUAUCUAUAUUGUAGCCACAAAUGAGCAUUUUAUGCACAUGUAAUAUCACAUGUGGCCACAAAUCAAUGUACUUAAAAUGCUAAUUUAUAACCACCAAAUACUAAUUUGUGUUCACAAUAUAGAUAUAACGUGCGCGUAAGUACAACCCCAAUUCCAAUGAAGUUGGGACGUUGUGUUAAACAUAAAUAAAAACAAUAAUUUGAAAAAUCAUGUUUAACCUAUAUUUAAUUGAAUACACUACAAAGGAAAGAUAUUUAAUGUGCAAACUGAUAAACUUGAUUGUUAGCAAAUAAUCGUUAACUUAGAAUUGUAAUUGAAGUUUAUCAGUUUGAACAUUAAAUACCUUGUCUUUGUAGUGUAUUCAAUUAAAUAUAGGUUGAACACACAACGUCCCAACGUCAUUGGAAUUGGGGUUGUACAAAACUGAGCAAGGAGAGCCGGGAUCAAGACGUCCACUAACUCAACGGAAAUAACAUUUGUCUUCCUCAGCCACAAAGACUUGUUAUGUAGAACAAGAUGCGAAAGAAAACUGUGGUAUGCAAAUUAUGCGGUAUUCAACUCACUGAAAUGGCGGAAACAAUGUCAAACUUUAUUUGGCAUCUCAAAAGAAAACAAACAGGAAGCUAAUGUUAACGGUAAGUAAGACCAGCAAAUCUAAUUUGGUCUUGCUGAGAUAAAUAUUAAUGGUAAGAGAUAACGCGUUUUAUAAUUGAUUUUUAUGAUCUUGGUCUUGAGUCAGAAAAGUCGUGACUGGUGUUGGGCAACUGUUUUGUCUCAGAUAAUGUGGCACAACACAACCAAAGUAUUUGGUGACUACAAAUUAGUAGUUUGUAGCCACAAUACAGAUAAAUAAAAAGGCAUGUUCGGGGCUCUGUAUCGUAUAUACUGAAAUAAUAAUAAUCUCAUCUCGGUUUACUCCCAAAUGUACUCGGCGUGAAAUGCGGGGCUGUUUAGUUGAACACAAAGCUUGUCACAGUAUUCUUUUGUAUGAAUGACACCAGGUGGACAAUUGCCAUCGAUUGGAAGUACAUUUCAUUCUCGUGCCCGUCAUUAUAUGUCGCUGGCAUAUCGAGAUAAACAAAGAUGCAUUAUUAAUAGUAAAUGAUGAAUUUUCAGACCAAUUAAGUAAAAGCGGAUAGUUUCUCACAGCACAGACGUUGCGAAUCACUGCUGUAAAGACCAAAAGUCUUCUCACACGAGAACUAAUGUGAUCAACAUCAUUCAAUCACAAAUGUCCUAUUGGGGGCGGGGCAAAGAGGUGUUUCCGAGUCGGUGCAGUCCGUUUUAGUCUUUCAUCAUCUCCGGAUCCUGGUUUUCGGCGGCCAUUUUGAGCUCCUUUUGCCUCCGCAUGUAGCGGUAGCCUCGCAUGGUGCACAGGUAGCCCCCGUAUAGGGUCAGCAACAUCAUGGAGGCCGAGAAGGCCCGGUACCCCAUGUCGGCCAAACGCUUUCCGGUAACCAUGGCGAUGGCCUUGUUUUUAAAAGACAGGAAAGAAAACAUGCGAUUUUCAGGUCAGAAACCACCACCAAAAUGAACCCAAAAAUUAGCUUCAAAACUUGCAACGUACUGCAGAAUUUGAUCAAGACUACUCAAAUAUUACUGUGACCCCCCCCCGCUAUUCAUGGGGAAUCAAACCCUGCAGUGAAUGGCGAAAAUCUGCCAGGUAAUUGACGCCCCCAAAAGGGUUUGUGAGUGCUGAUUGAUGCCAAUGGAAAGUUUGCAAAGGAUUGCCUUUUGUCUCAAUCAAAGUCCUCAACUCACUUAAACAGGCGCUGAAGCAAUACUAUAAUUCGCCUGAGCCCAAAACAGCAAAAAGGCGAGUUUUUGCGUCAAUAACAGGAUUGGCUCAAAAAUAAUAAUAAUAAAAAAAUAAAAUAAAACAUAUAUAUAUAUGUAUGUAUUGUAAAUUUGUUGUUUCACGUUUCAUUUCAACUGCUCAAGCAGGUCUGUGUUCAAUAAAAGACUAAUAAAAUAAUAAUAAAAA